CUCGAACGUCGGACCAGCGUGUUGAUCAAGCGUUGGCACUGCGGCUUGAUCGCGAUACUGCGCACCGACCGUCCACCAUUCGUUAAGCGGAUUCGAGCCACACCGUGAGCGGACCGUGCUUGCGCCGUUUUGUCUGCGUGCGAAAAAAAAAAUAGAUCGGACACUUCCUCGAUCAAACGGCCGGUUUUGGUUGCUGCCGUCUGUCGCUUUCUCCCUCCCGCCCCAGCCAUCUAACACCAAUCAAAUCUCGAGCUCUCGAGCGAUCGGUACAGCGAGCGAGUUCCAGCCGCAGUGUCAGUGAGUGUACAGCAGCCCAGCCAGCAUGAAGCAGUUUGGCGCACUAUUCGGAUUAAUCGGCCUGGCCCUGGUCGCACAGGCAUCGGCCGCGGCAGCCCCCAGCUGUCCGGAACCGUACGGCGAGCAGGCGUACCUGCACCCGGACCACUGCGACCAGUUCUUCCUCUGCACCAACGGUACGCUCACGCUCGAGACGUGCGAGAACGGGCUGCUGUUCGACGGCAAGGGUGCGGUCCACAACCACUGCAACUACAACUGGGCGGUCGACUGCGGUAACCGCAAGUUCGCCACGGACCAGACGCCCCUGUCGACGCCCGGCUGCGAGUACCUGUUCGGCGUCUAUCCAGAUGCGGCCGAAUGCUCCACCAGCUACCACAAGUGCGCGUUCGGCGAGGUGCACCAGGAGCUGUGCGAACCGGGCCUGGUGUACGAUCACCGCAUCCACGGCUGCAACUGGCCCGAUCAGCUGCUCGACUCGUGCAACCCGGAGGCGGUGAUCGGCUUCAAGUGCCCGCAGUCCGUGCCGUCCGGCACGGUCGCGGCCCGCUUCUGGCCGUACCCGCGCUACCCAGUGCCCGGCGACUGCCACCGGCUGAUCACCUGCGUCGACGGCCAUCCGCGCCUGAUCACUUGCGGCGAGGGCAAGGUGUUCAACGAGGAGUCGCUCACCUGCGAAAACCCGGAGGAUGUGCCGCAUGCCUGCCGCCACUAAGGUCCGUGACGUCGCGUCGUAGCCUCCAGCGCCUCCCAUCAUACUCAACACACACACAACACACUGAGCCAUACACGUUCCCAACUCCCGUUACUGCGCGUAAGGAUUGGCGCCAACCAUGCAACAUCCUGCUGGAGGAGGUACCACUGCUUCGCGCCUGUUUGUUAUUUCUUUUCGUUAUCGUUGUUAAACAUUCCACUCCUUCGUACAAGUUUGCCAUGUUCUAUCCUCUCGUAACUUUUAUUAGUCUACAGCAUUAAUACGGUUGUUUUGUUUCAUUACUUUCCUUUUCUUUUGGAUGUCGCACUACUUCGCCCUCUCUUCCACCGCGCACCUUGUCUCAGGCGGGUGUGGUGCAGCUUAAAAAUGCCUUUUCUGUCGUGCCUAGCCCUGGGGUUUCCCUUUCUUUUACUCAUUUGUUCGUGUGUUUUUUAUCAGCGUUGGAUUAGCGUAACUUCGUUCAACUAACUCAGUAACCGCGGCACAUACACACGGUUCAACUUAGUUACUUCCCCCCAUUUAUAUCACCGUUUUCCGUUUCUUCUUUUUGGCAGAGACGUAUGUCUUUCCUACUCACACCACUGCACACACACACAGAUGGAUCGCGGUGCACACCUCAUUCGUUAUCUAACCGUGUGUUCGUUAUCUUUUGUUACUCUUCACGCCGGGCUCUACUACUACUACCGCACCGUACCAAAUCAUAGCUUGCCGUUGUUCACGCGCUCGCACUACUUCAUUUUGGUUUCGUUUGUGUUUAGUUUUCCCCACCAUUUGCCUCCAUCGUGCGACAGAAGGAAGUGGGACUGAAAACGGAUAAUAAAAGAACACCCAGGGACAAAGGAAAGAAAAGGCACUGAAACACUCUCAACAAGAAAGCAUAACUCAGAACGUGAAAAAAGCAUUCAAAAUUAUACAUGCAGAAUUUUGAGCGUAUAAACAAUUGUUUUUGAAUAAAUAAAAAAAGAACCCCCUGUUUACACAUUACACACAUUUUAAA